CCACUUCAAUUUGCUUUUUGGGCUCAUUACUGUUCUUGUUCGAGGUGCAAAAGGCGUACGAGCAUAGGCAUUGAGAAUAAUGAUUUCGCAUUCUUUGGUGGAAGUGGGGAAAAAAAGAUCCAACUCUGCUUUAACCAAGUGCUAUGGCAUAACAAUCAGCCACCGAAACCGAAAAAGUCGACGUACAAACCACGAGGAAAAAAGCCACGAGGACAACGAGCAGAGCUGCCACGUAUCGACCCUGAUUUCAAAGCAAUUGUCGACGGUCUUGACGACUAUCAUCGUAUCGAUUGGCCCAACAACAAUGAUUUCAGCAAUGGCCCAAAGGAUUUGACCAAUCAAUACACAGACAACGUCGUCACCAACUCAACAACGCAUCCUGACAAACACAUCACCCAGUACUUGAGACUAAAAGUGUUCAAAUUGAACACAGAUGGAGAAGAGUAUGCAGCGAAAUUUUUGCAAAGUGACAUCGAAAGUGUUGUGAAACUGAUAAUCAAACAAAAAGUCAUCAAAGUGCCAAUUCACGAUCCAAACAAACUCGAACGGUGUGGCAUGUUGUAUGACAUGGUGAACGACUUGAAUGUGUUUCCAGAAAUCGAUCUGCAUGACCUCACGACUGACAAAAAACAUUGGUUUAAGGCCAUGCCAAUGUUCCUAUCUAUGCAACGCGAGAUAGAAGAGUACAACUUGGAGUGGCCACAUCAGCACCGAUCCAAACGAAAGAAAAGAAAGCGCAAAAAGUCAAAGCGUCGCCCCAAGCGCAAACAAAUGCUCGACGAUCCAAACUUUCGGCCAUUCAUCCGGAAUUUGGUUGUGGUGCCGAUGUGUGUUUUCGCCGAAAGCACUACAAAAUCGAUUGUUCAAGCAUGCACCAAGUGUUGUCUUCGCAAAAAUUGCUACCGAAAGUGGAAGUUGAAAACAAAAACGGAACAACAAGCAUGGUAAUUCUUCCACAAAAGGAUUUCAACGAUGCGCGUGAUCAUUGGUGAAAUUAGUAUUUCUACAUGCGGAAAAUUCGGCGAUUCGUGCGUGGAAAAAAGAAGUUUGAUUUUCCCAUAAACACCGAUGGAAUCGCUGUGUCUCUGCAAUACUCGGCCAAAAAGAAGACGAAUAACACAGAAUACGACCGUUCUCGCAUCGUUGAAAUGAUUUUGGAUGGCAAAUUCGAAAAUUUUGCAGGCGUUGAUACAGUCUUGAAAAGUUGGAACACCACAGUGACACACAACAUUAUAACUGGCACCGAAACCAACUUCGUAAUGUCGAGUAAGCAGUUUCACUGGCAAACAGGCCAAAACGUGCGAAAUGCCAAAGCAAAGCGUUGGACCAAAGAUUUCGUUCAAGAGGAGUGCCGAGACAGAGAAAACCAGUGAUGCCAUCGCCAAAAUGGUCACAGUGGCUGAAUUACAUAAAGCAACGAGUCAAGAUGAUGAAGCAUGGAAUCUGCGCUUACUCGACUGCCAAGUACACUUGACUCGCCUUGGACAAACACAUCAAAAGCAGUAGUGUUGUCGACAAUUUGGUGGAAAAGGUUACCGAUAAGCAAUCGACAUUGUUUCUUUUUGGUGCUGAUGGCGAAGUACCACCUGACAGCCGAAUAAAUAUCAAAAAGCACGUGCGGUGUCCAGGGGUUCGUUUGACUUUGAGGUCAAUAAAGAAACGUCGAGAUUGUGCCAUAGAGCUGGUGGACGAAUGGGGAUCAUCUCAAACAGACGCAAAAUGUAUGAAGCGAUUCCAAAACCAGCCCAAAUCGGCCAGAUUCAAGAGAUGCCGGUGAAUACCCGACGCCAGAACAUUGCUGGCAAUAAAAAUUGUGUCAAAGUUGGGCAAGACGGAUUUAUCGGUAUUCCGACAGUUGCAACGCGCCAUGAACGAAGCAUCGGAAGAAGACGAUCCUUUACUGUCAAAAGUAAAAAGUUACUAUAAAAACUGGCAAUUAAACCUCGAAUGCACUGUGACUUGGCAUCGUGACGUCGUGGCUGCUAAGAACAUUCUGCUGAAAGGACUAUGGACAUUGCUAGGACUUCCGAUACCGGAUGCGAUCAAUAGAUAUAAAGUUCGCGAUGCUGUCGCUGAGGCCGCCGAAGUAGCCGCUGAUGUCGCUGAAGCAGCUGCUGCUGCUGCCGCCAACGUAGAUAAUGAUGUAGAAAUGUUCGAGUACGACCAGCAGCCAGCUGAUCAUGCUGUCUAAUCAGCACAACGCAAACAAAAAAAAAACAAUUGUAACAUUAGUUAUUAAGGCUAUCCCGACCAUGUGGGAUAGUAGCGUAGCAAAAGUUUGACACCCCAUUUGGUUGUUGUUGACUGCGCAGGAGUACAAAUGGGGCAUUUGUAUAAUUGAAACGAUAAGUGGCAUUGCUUUGUUCUUCUCAUUGACAUUUACAAUUUCUUCUCAUUGAAAACUUGGAAAAAAUGUCAUAAAAUCGAAAACGUCGACAAAUUGCUACCAAAAAUGUUUGCCUCUGUGCGAGAUGAUGAAAUUUGAUGAAGGAAUUUUUUCGUUCCUCAAACCUGUUUAUUCGCGUACGAGCCAUGAUUCUGUUAAUGUUCCAAGAUGAUGAAAAGGAAAAAGUGCGAGUUUUGUACAAAAAUUUAGAGAAAUCAUUCAUUAGAUUUUUGAAACCACAUUGAGUUGCUUGAUAAUUGAAAACUUUGUUCGUAAUCUCAAAAAAUACUUGAUUUAAAUUUUCUUAAUCGUAGAGCAAUGAGGACUUAAGCUGAUGCAGUUGUUUCAUGUCAAUAUGCCUCCUUAUGCAAAAGAAAUCCAAAAUAAAAUGUCGUACAUCCGUAAGAUGAACUUUUCAGCACUGUGA